CGACUUGGAGUCCGGAGUGUGAUGUCGGGUGCCGCGGUCUCGCAGCUGUAGCGCUGUGCGGGUAUCUCUGUUGUUAUUGUUGUUACCGUUGUUGUUGUUGUUCUCGUGGUCUUGUGGCGACCGCCGCCUCGCCAUGGUGCAUAGCCCGGACGCCCACCGCCGUCCUGCGACGCUACUGGCGGCCUAUUUGCCGCUGCUGCUGCUGCUGACCUCUGGCGAAGGCGCCGGCGCCGCGACGCCUCAAGGCGACGGCGGCCCCCGCUGCGGCCACCCGGCGGUGCCGCUGAACGCGCGCGUCGCUCUCAGCAGCGGAGGCCUGGCGCCGGGCACCACCGCCUCCUACUCCUGCGACCCCGGAUACGAGCUCUUCGGGUCUCCGACGCUGACGUGCUCGCCUCGCGGCUCCUGGCAGGGGGACCCGCCCUUCUGUGGAACCAACAUCGCGCUGCGGAGGCCGGCGAACCAGUCGACGACGGUGCGCGGCGGCGCGGCGGGCAACGGCAACGACGGCGAGGCGACGACGGUGCACGACGGCCGGCGCUGCACCGAGACCAUGAAGGAGGCGUCGCCCUGGUGGAGCGUCGACCUGCUGCGGCCCUACGCCGUCGGCGUGGUGCGCGUCACGACGCGCGGCUGCUGCGGCCAUCAACCACUAAAGGACAUCGAAAUCCGUGUGGGGAACUCCAGCACGGAUCUGCAGAGAAAUCCACUGUGCGCCUGGUUUCCGGGAACUAUUGAGGAGGGCGUAACGAAGACGUUCUCGUGCGCUCGGAUGCUGGUUGGGCAGUACGUGUUCCUGCAGCUGGUGGGCGUCGAGGGGUCGCUGUCCGUCUGCGAGGUGGAGGUCUUCACGCCGGAAGAGUUCUCGCCGGAGCGGUGCGGCGGCAGCAGCGGCGGCGACACGGUCGCGGCGUUCGACCGACGCUGCUACGAGCUGGGCGCGUCGCGCGGCUCGUUCGCGCAGGCGCGCGCGGCCUGCAAGGCGGCGGGAGCCGGCGGAGACCUGGCGCACGGCUUCGGGGGCGCCGGGCGCGCCGCCACCUUCCUCACGGCGCAGCUGGAGCGCCGCCGCGCAGACCUGCGCACGCAGCUCGUCUGGAUAGGCGCGCAGCGAGAGCCGGGCGUCACCUCCCGCACCUGGCGCUGGGUCGACGGCGAGGUGAUCGAGCGGCCGGCGUGGGGCAAGGACCAGCCCAACAACUACAACGGCGAGCAGAACUGCGUGGUGCUGGACGGCGGCCGCGGCUGGCUGUGGAACGACGUGGGCUGCAACCUCGACUACCUGCACUGGAUCUGCCAGCACACUCCGUCGACGUGCGGCAGCCCCGACAAGCUGCUGAACACGACCAUCGAGGGCGACCAGCAGAGCGUGGGCUCGACCAUCACGUACCGCUGCCCGGAGGGACACCGGCUGGUGGGCAACGGCACGCGCCUCUGCGGCCAGGACGGCUUCUGGACGGGCACCGCGCCCGCCUGCCACUACAUUGACUGUGGAGAUCUGGAUGGGCUUGACCAUGGAUCAGUGAGGCUGGAGGAGAACAGGACAACUCAUGGAGCAUCUGCCAUCUACACAUGCCAUGAGAACUACACUCUUAUUGGUCAUGAGAGGAGGGUGUGCGGAGAUAAUGGCAGCUGGAGCGGAAAGAAGCCACAGUGUCUGUUUGACUGGUGCCCCGAGCCACCAGAAGUCCAUGGCGGAUCUGUAGAGGUAUCUGGACAGCGAGCUGGCUCAACAGCAACAUACACGUGCCAACCAGGAUUCAUUCUGUUUGGACAACCAGUCUUGUCAUGCAGCCUUGGUGGGGAGUGGUCUGGUAAGGCUCCUACUUGUAAAUUUGUUGACUGUGGAGCACCACCAAAUAUUGAUAAUGGUCGCUAUAAUCUAGUCAACAAAACAACUACACAUGGAAGUAUAGUAGAAUAUACUUGUGAUGAGGAUUAUUGGAUGGAUGGAACAGAACGACAGACGUGCACAAGAGAAGGGAAAUGGUCAGCAGAUGCCCCGGCUUGUGUUUUGAUUACCUGUGAGGAACCUGAAGUCCCUUCUGGAAGCUAUGUAGUUGGCUAUGACUUCAAUGUGCAUUCAACUAUUGAAUAUCACUGUGAAGUUGGCCAUAUCCUCCGUGGACAAUCCAUACAUGAAUGUACAUUAAACGGUGAAUGGUCUGGUGAACCACCAACUUGUGAAUAUAUUGACUGUGGUAAAGUUCCACCUAUGCUUUAUGGGUCUGCAACAUAUGUAAAUGGAACAACUUACCUUGACAGUGAAAUAACAUACAGUUGUGUCCGCAACUACAGACUUGUUGGAGUUUCAUCCCGACGUUGUCUUGAAAAUUAUCAGUGGAGUGAUGAAUCACCACACUGUGAAGAAAUCCGCUGUCCAGAGCCAGUACUUCCACCUCACAGCAUAUUAUCAGUAACAGGAAAUGACCGAGUGUAUGGCAGAACACUUAUAAAAACUCAGGAUUCAGCUGUUUCUGUGGCUACCUAUAAAAUUGGAUCUCUUGUGAAAUAUAGUUGUGAAAGGGGCUAUAAAGUUGUCGGUGAAGCUUUAAGUACAUGUGAAGAGAGCGGUCAGUGGAGUGGUGAAGUUCCACAAUGUCUCUAUGUGAACUGUGGAGAACCCGAAGCAGUUGCACAUGGAAGGUACACUCUGAGUUCCAAUGCAACAUAUUAUGGUGCUACUAUUUUGUACGAGUGUGACACCAAUUAUGAACUUGAUGGUCAUGGUAGAAGACACUGUCUUGGAAAUGGAACAUGGAGUUCUGAAACACCAAAAUGCAAGGAGGUAUUGUGCAGUGAGCCUGAAACAGACGGAGUGGUAACUGUGAAGGUGCACACACACAGUAUAGGUGGAAUUGCACGCUAUUCAUGCCCCAAAGGACAGUAUAUGGAUGGAAAUGCCACAAGAGUUUGUCAAAGUAAAGGAACCUGGUCGGGAAAAAUGCCCACUUGCACACCUGUGGACUGCAAACAUCCAGGAACUAUUGAAAAUGGCCGUGUAAUAAUAGUAAACCACACAACCACUUACAAUAGUGCUGCUGAGUACCACUGUAUUGAACAUUAUUCACGUAUUGGGCCAUAUCUUCGCAAGUGUAUGGAAGACGGGUCUUGGUCUGGUGAAGAACCUAGAUGUGAAGUGAACAUAGCAGAAGAAAAUGAAUCAACGGACAUGGGAGUGAUUGUUGGAGCAGCAGCCGGAGUUGUUAUAAUAUUGCUUAUAAUUCUGGGUCUAAUCUACCUCCGGUUGCGUAAGGCAACUCCAGUGAAAGAUACUGAAAACAUUGAAGGUGCUCUUCGUAAAGAAAAUCAGAAUGCUGCAGUCAUGUCUUAUGCAACUUUAAAUGGAGGCAGCAGUUACGGCAUGCCACCCCACAAUGGUGUUUAUGAAAACAUGCACGAGCAUGAAAACUUGUACGAUGCUCCCUAUGAAGUUACUGGACGUCGCAGUCAUUACGAAUCUACUCCUAUUGGAAGAGACAGGACAAGUCCAGUGGUCACAAUCAAUGGUGUGGCAGUACGCUGAUGAAAAAAUGGAAACUAAUGCAGUGCACAACCUGUGCCCUGUUCUUGUAUUUAUAAAUUACAAAUGCAUCUGCAUAAAAUGUAAAUUUUGAGCAGAGAAUUUGUGGCAUAUUUCAUGUGACUGUAUCAAAUGCGUGAUACAAGUGCUUCACUCCUCCAAAGAUACCAAUAUGCCCACAUACGUUUAAUCAGUGACCAUGUAUGACACUCCAAGACUGUGUUAUGAGUGCCGAUGUGUGUAUGUGCAUCUGUGUGCUUGUUUGUUGUAUAUUUGUGCAUUGUCUGUAAAUAAAAUUAUUUUGUAGAAAUAUUUUGUAUAGAAGUGGCUGUGUGAGAAUAAAAUAUAUUUGUUAUAUUUUACAGUA